CCUCCAGCUUUGACAGCCACUUCCACUUACCUCUCGCCUUCUCCCUCACCUCUCCUGCAGCAGCAGGGCAAGUACCGAGCGGUUAUGAACAUGACUAGCCCCAGGCUAAAGCUCUUCGGCUUCCACGUCUCCGAGGAGGAGCACGAGCUGGGGCCGGAGGCGGCCGAGCAGGAGGAGGCGCCGGCGUGCGGCAACGGCAGCGGCGGCGGCGGGGGGUCGGACUCCUCCUCGUCGUCGACCACCACCACGACCACGGCCACGGCGGCCGGCGACGGGCGGAGGUACGAGUGCCAGUACUGCUGCCGCGAGUUCGCCAACUCGCAGGCGCUGGGCGGCCACCAGAACGCGCACAAGAAGGAGCGGCAGCAGCUCAAGCGCGCGCAGCUGCAGGCCGCGGCGGCCGCCGCCGGCCGGGUCGCGGGCGGGGCCGCCGCGCUCUACCCGCGCGCCAACCCGAUGGUGUCCGCCUUCGCGCCGCCGCCGCACCUCCUCGGCGGCGGCGGCGGCGACGCGGCGCCCACGAGCUGGGUCUACUUCUCCCCGCGCGCCGCCGCCGUCGCGGGCGGGCCGCAGGGCCAGCAGUUCCACGUCUCCCACGGCUGCGUGUUCCCGUCCCGCGGCGCCCCCGCCGCGGCCGUGACCGCCUCGCCGGCCGUGUUCUCCUACACCCCGGCGCCCUCCGCCGCCGCCGCCUCGGCGCCCUACGUGGCCGACGACCACAGCGGGCGGAGGGUCCACGCGAGCCCGGUGGCGACCCUGGCGAGAUACCCCGGCCCCGGGAUGGUGGUGGCGGAGCCUGUCGUCGCCGGGCCGGAGGACGGCCUGGGGCUGGACCUCCAGCUGAGCCUCGCGCCCGCCGGCUUGUGACCUGGCUGCGGGCUCUCGCCGGUCGAGAUCACCGCGCGCGCGCGAUCGAGCUGCCACGGCUGCCUCGGUAAAAAAGAAUUAAUCACCUACUACUAGUACUACCACUACUACUAAAGCCCGCACGGAGAUCGUCCCUGGCUAGGUAAUUAGCACUAGUAGAAAUUACGUUCAGUCGCUGGGAUUUGGAGAUCGAGCUGCAGCCUGCAUGUAAGCUUAGCCGCCUGUAAGACUCCGGUUCUUGGUAUGCGUGAUGAUGAUCUGAACGAUGGCCAUGCCGGGCAGGCCCUGUAAAUUUUUGGUUGAUCCAUCCAUCUGAUCUCCCAUUUCUUCAUUACCAAUUUUUCUCCCGAUCGGCUGCUAUAUUAGUCCAGCUAAUAUACUAAACUAGUAUAAACCAGCAGCAAGAGGCCGUGUUUGAUUUGGUUUGCUGAUCCUGCAAGAUGUGAUGUGAGAUUAAAUGAAAGUUAAUUUUCUAUUA